GCUUUCACACACUCUUGCAGACUUAACACACACACACACACACACACAAACACACACACCGUCCAUUUCAUCGACCGUCGCUACAGCUUCAGCGUCAGCUUCGGCUCUGUCCUCUUCACCUCUACUCAGUCGCCAGAAUGUACGGAUCAGUGAUAUUGAUACUCCUGCUCCUAAAUUUUGGAGUUGCCGAGGCCGGGCCUGAGUUAUGUUAUAUCCUUGAUGGGAUUUUAAUUCUCUAUGGCAUCGUGCUGACGAUCCUCUACUGCAGACUGAGGAUGCGUUCAGGAAAUAAUGCGACAAAUGAAGAGAAACCAGAUGGAAUCUACCAGGGUUUGAAGCACCAAAAUCAGGACACCUAUGAGACGCUCCAUGUGAAGAAGAAAGCUUUGGCAUAAAUUCAUCCAAAUUGUAACCUGUUUUAUGAUUCACAACACCUCCGUCUGUCUAACAGGCAUUUCCAGACAUGUAGAUCUGUUUUAUAUAUAUUUUCUUUUUCCAUUUGGUUAUACCUCUUGCUUUUCACCAUUUGUUUGCAUUUCUGCUAUUCAUUUUUACGUUAUAUAACUUACUAAGGGCUUAAUGUAAAUGCCUUGAUGGCUUAAUUAGAUAGAAGCGGAUCACUAUGUAAUUAUGAUCUAGCAGACCUAAUUAUCUAAUUAUGUCAAUUAUGAUAAAAAUGGCAGUGCCAUUAAAUAUUAUUCAUUUGCUUGAAGACCAACAGUAUGUAGAGAAUGUACAGAAAGGCACUUUUGAAACGAGUUCAAAUUACUGAUAAGAAGAAAUAAAGUAUUACAAGGGGAAAAGUGUCUGUUCACUAUGUG